CUCUAUUUUGGUUAAUCAUGGAGAGAGAGAGAGUCUGAACUGGGAGAAAGACGGAAGAGUAACUAAUGGAAAAAGUAGAGCAAAGAGUAUGCAGUGAGACUCAUAUCUUAUGUCUCACUUAUCCUACGCAAGGUCACAUCAACCCUCUUGUUCAAUUCUGCAAGCGUUUGGCCUCUAAGGGUCUCAGGGUGACCCUAAUCGCCACCAAAUUAUUCCCAACGAACCUCAUCCAAACCCAGAACGGCUCCAUCACUGUUGAGCACAUCUCCGACGGGUUCAAAGACGGCGAAACACUAAACGCCGAUAUCUUCAUUAAUCGUUACAAGACCUUCGUAGCCGAAAGAGUGGCGGAGUUCAUAAAGAAACAACUUAGUUCUGAGUUUCCUCCUAAGCUUCUAAUUUAUAACUCGCUUGCACCGUGGGCUCUUGACCUCGCAAGAAGACUUGGCAUCGAUGCAGUGCCGUUUUUCACUCAACCUUGGUGUGUUAAUGCCGUUUAUUAUCAUUUUUGUAAAGGGACGUUCAAAGUUCCUUUAGAAGAGACUCCGCUGAAGUUGCCAUCGAUGCCACCGUUAAGCGUCCAUGAUCUCCCGUCGUUUCUUGAAGGAUAUGGGUCUUUCCCGAGUUUGAGAGACUUGUUCGUUGAUCAGUUUUCCAAUAUUGAAGAAGCAAAGUGGAUUUUGUGUAACUCUUUCGAUAGGCUUGAAGAUGAGCUAGUGAAAUGGGUGGCAAGUAAAUACCCAAUCUUCACAACAGGUCCAACCAUUCCAUCCAUGUACUUGGACAAGAGAUUGGAGAAUGAUAAAGACUAUGGCAUGAGCUUCUUCAAUCAAAACACUGACACUUGCAUGACAUGGCUGGACUCUAAGGAGACUGGCUCCGUAUUCUAUGUUUCAUUUGGAAGCAUAGCAGCCUUAGAAAAAGAGCAAAUGGAGGAACUAGCAUGGGGGAUUAAGAGGAGCAACUACAACUUCUUGUGGGUGGUGAGGGAAAAAGAAUCCGAAAAGCUUCCUGAAAAUUUCUCCAAUGAAACUUCUGAGAAGGGUUUGGUUGUGAGUUGGUGUCCUCAACUUGAAGUUCUAGCUCACAAGUCAGUGGGGUGUUUCAUGACACAUUGCGGUUGGAACUCAACGCUUGAGGCCUUGAGCUUGGGGGUGCCAAUGGUGGCAAUGCCACAAUUUUCGGAUCAAACAACUAAUGCUAAGUUUAUUGAAGAUGUGUGGGAGGUGGGGGUUAGAGUAAGAGUCAAUGAGAAAGGAAUUGUGACAAGAGAGGAGAUUGAGAUGUGUAUAAGGGAAGUCAUGGAAGGAGAGAAAUCGGAGGAGUUGAGAAAGAAUUCUAAGAAGUGGAAGGAACUGGCCAAAGAGGCUGUGGAUGAAGGAGGCAGCUCUGAUAGGAAUAUUGAAGAAUUUGUUGCAAAAGUUGUAUGCAGUUGAUUAUAUAGUAUAUAUUAUAAGUAUUUAAUUAUUGAUUAAAGAAUGUAUACGAAGUCAGCUGUUUUAUAUAUAAAAAAUAGGGUUGACAGAAUUUCAAA